AUGGAAAAUCGUUGUUCUGUUUUGGGAUGUUUGAAUAUUUCUGAUGAUGGAGUUCGAUUACAUAAAUUUCCAUUUGAUGAUGAGAAGUUAUUGCCCAUUUGGAUAAUGGCGGCAAAUCGUCCAAACUGGUUACCAAUUGACAAAAGUAGGAUAUGUGACGAGCACUUUGAUAUGGCUGAUUAUGAAGGUGGCAAUAAGGGCAAUAGGCUUAGACCAGAUGCUUGUCCCAUAAUCCAUCCUACAACUACAAUCAUUGAUUUUAGCCGUCAGGACGGCCCUGAGGAUAUUACACAUGGAAAGAUAUUAGCAGAUUCUGAAGACAGUGAAUGUUCGUCUACAAGCGAUAUUAAUUCUGAUGAUUUACUUGAUACACCAAAUACUAGUGAUAUGAAAUCCAGUGAUGAUGUUUCAACUCUAAGUACAUCAUCUUGUAGUAGUUUAACUAAUUCGAUUGAAGCUAAUGGAUUUGAUGAUGAUUUUCUAUCAUCACUUUCAGACACCGAAUUUGAACUUGAAAAUGUAGAUAUUGAAGAAUCAAUGAUAGAAGUAGACUCUGUCUCAUUGUCUUCAUCUGUAACAAGUUUUAUAAACCAAGAAUGUGCGGUUGUAUUAUGUAAUCAAAAUGCAAGAGACCAGUUUGAUAUCUUAUUUUUCAUCAACUUUCCAAAGGAUAAUAAGGCACUUUGUGAAACCUGGUGGAAAAUUUGCGGGCGCAAAGACAAAUUUGAUCCUUUGUUAAAAAUAUGCUCAAUUCAUUUUGAUCCUGAAGAUUUUACAUCUAUUACUAUACGACGAGACAGUCAACUUUUUAGACAAACUAUUUUGAAGAAUAAUAAUAUUGUACCAACACUUUAUUACUGUCACCUAACCUAA